CUCUUUCCUAAGCCCACCGGAAGCCCGUCUGCUAUCAAUAUUAAUGAUGGUCGAAGGGACCAAACGCAAAAAACCUCCGACUUUUGGUCAUCUUCCUGUCAAUAGAGCCAAAAAGCUCAAGCAGGCAUGGGUUGAGAACACGAAGAUAAAGUCUCAAUGGAAAGCCCAGAAAAAGCGGGAAGGUCUUCUUCAACGGAAAGCUGAAGCACCUUCCAACGGCGACUCGCCUGCACAUGAGGAAAAACCUGAUGUCGUUGACUCAGAAGAAUCCGGUUCCUCACACUCCAAGGAUCAAGAUAUAGAUUCUGGCACUCAUCCUGAGCGCAAGCAGCGCGUAGCCACAAAUAGCUCAGCUGGUAGCGGGAUUUCACUUCGAGAACUUGGUAAACAAGCUUAUUCUCGCAAUUCCCUUCAUACGUACAAGGCGAAUCCUAAAAGACAUGAUACAAAACCUUCUCGCGGUGCCAAUCCGCAGAGAGGGAGCACCAUGGGAAGGCGCGGUGCUUCCUCAGGAGAUCGAGGCCGCGAAAAGGGGCAACCCAAUAUGAAGUAUCGGAUGACGGCCAUGCUCGAGAAAAUCAAGCGCGAUUUCACUUGAAAAAGAUAGAUUCACCCCGUUUA